AUGCUGGGAAAGGGCUGCAUCUUCGUGGCCGCCGUGAUCUUUGGAUCCGCGUUCGCUGUUCCGGUAGAGGUGCAGGACGAGUGUUUGCCUGACAAACAGGUCGUCACGUGCCUCGAGAGAGAGGCGAUUGCUCUCAACAUCGAGUUGGACAUGAAUCUGACGAUGCCACAGGCCAACUGCUACUUCUUCCGCAAGGCCUCCUCCAAAUGCCUGUGCUCCCGAAAGUUUCCCUACGUAAUUUUCGAUAUCACUUUCUACACGGCCAAACGCGUCUUUCCGGUGAUCCGGGACAAGCAGCUGAUGUGCUUCGAGCGCUACGAUCUUACCGGAGAUGAGGCUGCCGACCGCUGCAGCGACUACAUCCGCUUCAUCGACUGCGCAUCCCAGCAACUAGCCCGCGAGUACAAAAAUGCCGGAAAAGUGCUGGACCUGGCGCCGGGAGCCAUGCCAACCGUACAGUACCUUCGCGCGAGCUACGCUCUAAUGGCGAAGCACAAGAUGGCCCGGUGUGCCCCGAAAAUCAUGCACAUCAUCGGCGGGGACUUUGAGAAGGAGAUCUUGGAGCUGCCGAGCGAGGAGAAAAAUUAU